UGUUCGACGAGCUCGACAUAGACAGCAACGGCACGCUCGACUUCUUCGAAGUCAUGACGCUCCUCUACAUCAUCAAGAGCGGCCGCCCUCAAUGCGACUGCUGCGAAAAAAUCAUCCUCGGUGUGUUCUUCUCCUGCGCCGUGUGCUUUAAGAAUCCCAAAUCCUCGUUCGAUCUCUGCAAGGAUUGCUACGGGACGGGGAAGUACCACCAUAAACACGGCGGCCGGGCUCAGUUUUUGGACAGUCAUACGUUGUUGCAGGCUAUGAAAUAUCCGGUGGUUGCAGAUAUGUCAGGCGUAACACUUCAUGAGGCAGGGAAUGGAUCCACAAAUGACAUAUAUCCAUCAAACUCAAAGUGGGCAGGGAAUAGAUCCACGGAUGCCAUAUAUCCAUCAAACUCAAAGUGGAGCAAAAGGAAGGCUGCAUAUUAUGCACUUGACACAGCAGUCAAAUUCGGGACCCUUUCCACCUUCGGCCUCUGCACUAUUAUGUGACAAUAUUUAUAUGAGAGAACCAAAUAAAUUCAUAAAGAAAUACUAAUGAUAUUGUACGCACAGUCUAACAAUGUUGAUUGGACUACUUUUUUUCUUUCUUGUUCAUGUAAUCUUUAUCUUUUGUUUUUGGGUGGAUAUGUUUACCGUGAAAGACAAAAUAUAAAAUGAUGUACGUAGUACUAAGAGAUAACUAAUUAUACAUUAUUUUUUUUUUCUUAUUUUAUUCUCUGUGUUUAAAAGAACCGUA